AUGAGUUCGGAAAUCACCGCAACGCCUCCAUCUGUUUCAUGGGCCCAGAGCAAAGCCCGUGUAUAUCUGACUUUUAAUGUUGAAUGUGAUAAACCGGAUAUUAUAUUUGAGAAGAGACUGGUAUCUUUUAAAGGCAUUUGUGCUCCUGAUCAAAAAUUAAAUCAAGUUGAAAUACCACUGUUUGCUGAAAUAGACCCUGAAAAAAGUACACAGGUUAACAAAGGCAGAUUUAUUGAAGUUGUUUUAGCAAAAUUGAAGACUGAUCAACCGUUUUGGCCUUCAUUAACAAGUGACAAAAAGAAACAUCAUUGGCUUAAAGUUGACUUUAAUAGAUGGCAAGAUGAAGAAGAAAGUGGGGAUGAUUUUGAUGAAAUGAAUGAUAUGUUUUCUAACAAAAUAGGUGAUUAUGACGACGAAUUUGAAAAGAAUGAGUCCAGCUCGGGUGAAGAAGAUCUUGCUGAUAUUGAAUAA